AUGAAUGUGUCAGGAGUCAACACAGUGACUGAAUUCAUACUCCUGAGUUUUUCUUGCCCCAGAGAGGUGCAGGUUCUCCUCUUCAUGCUAUUCUUCGUGUGCUACAUCCUGACACUGAUGGGAAAUGGGGCCAUCGUCUGUGCAGUGAAGCUAGAUCACAGGCUCCAUACCCCCAUGUACAUCUUGCUGGCCAACUUCUCCUUUCUGGAAAUCUGUUACAUCAACACCACUGUUCCCAAUAUGUUAGUGAACUUCCUAUCUGAGACAAAAACCAUCUCUUUUACAGCCUGUUUCCUCCAAUUCUACUUCUUCUCAAUGGGCACCACCGAGACCUUCUUACUACCCCUCAUGGCUUGUGAUCGAUACAUGGCUAUCUGCCGGCCUCUCCACUAUCCCACCAUCAUGAGCAGUCAUCUCUGCGUGAACUUGGUGGCCCUCUACUGGGUAACAGCCUUCCUCUGCUAUCCGAUCCCUAUAUAUUUUAUCAUACAACUCCCCUUUUGUGGCCGCAAUACCAUUGACCACUUUGUUUGUGACCCAGGUCCUCUUCUGGCUCUGUCCUGCAUCCCUGCACCUGGAAUUGAGCUUUCCUGUUCUAUCGUGAGCUCACUUAUGAUAUUCAUCACCUUCUUCAUCUUUGCAUCCUACACGCUGGUUCUCAGAGCAGUGUUACGCAUCCCUUCAGCAACUGGCAGAUGUAAGGCCUUCUCCACCUGUGGUUCCCACCUAGUUGUGGUGUCUCUGUUCUAUGGAACUCUCAUGUUGAUAUAUGUCAGACCAACCUCUGGAAAUCUGACUGGAAUACAGAAGACUGUAACCUUGUUCUACUCCUCAGUGACCCCACUUGUAAAUCCACUAAUCUACAGUCUCCGGAACAAGGACAUGAAGGCUGCCUUGAGAAAAAUUCCGAUAUGUACAAAAAUGAAUCAAAGUGAAUGA